GGUUCGUUCGCUCAUCACAAAUUACCAACGAUAUCGAAGUUAGAGAUAUUUUUUUAACACAUUUUUCUAAACUGAUACUCUGGCACUAUCAUGACAGAACCAAAAGUCGCUGGUGGCUCAAAUUCCGAGCCAACAGGUCUCACCAGCCCUCGCGCAACUUUUGAAAAAAUGAAGGACCUGCUGAAGGCGAAAGACGAUACUUCCAGGUUCGUAGGACUUGCUCUCCUUAAAUCCGUUCUUGACAACGAACAGCAGCUCGUCAACAAUACAGAACGCCUACAAAUACUUUGGGAAUCAAUAUCUUCAAAAUUCUUGGAUAGGCUACUGCGAGCUCAACUUGGUGGAAAUGUUGAUAAGUCCCAAGCGAAAGAUAUGGUAGAUCUCGCAGUAGCUGUACUACAUACAUUCUCAAUACUAUUAUCAGAAAAUAUACGAAGAGAACCACAGCUUACCCGAAGAACAGGACCGUUGGUCAAGGCACUGGUCCAAAGGUAAGCCUCCAGCUUUCCGGCUCUAAAUCACGUGCUAACCCCAACCAGUUCCCCUGAAACUACACAGCUCAUUCUUCAAACGCUGUUGACUAUAGUCAGUCAAGCAGAGGGCUCUUUAGAACUUUUAAAGGUCGAAGAUCUGUCUCCGUUGACAGAAAUAGCGCCGCAAUACCCUCUUGUCCUCGACAUCUUCAAUUAUACUUGGGCAAAUGGUUCUACAAUAAAUACGGAAGUGCAAGCGGUUCAUGAAAGUAUCAAUAGAGUGAUUCCAAAUCUGCUUGUAGUAUUCAAAGGAACUGACGCGGUCACAUUUUUAACAUUUAUUGCAAGUUUUAUACCGAAACUGUCUUCGGAAGUAUGUAUGAGUAUUCUUCUCUGGAUCCUGAGUUUAACACAUUUUAGGCACUUCCACGUAAUCCAAAAUGGCUUAAAUCUAUAACAAUCUUGCUACGAGCCUUGGUCAACAGGAAACCCACGCUUAUUGGUAGAACUGCAUAUACUCAAGCAGCGGCGGCAUUACUCCAAGCAUAUCCUGCGGCCUGUCCCUCAAUGUUAUUUAACAAUGAAUCUCUGCAAACUUCGGAUAAGACUGAGAAUAAUAACAAGCCAUUUUCUUAUCUAUUUAUAAAUCUUUUAUUGAUUGACUUGCGAUCCUCUUUUCCAUCUCUCUUGGCCAAAUUGAAUAAUAGUGAUUAUUCAGCUAUCUCACAGCGGUUGGCGGCUGCAUUCGAUGUUAUAUCAAGUUUCAUCGGAUAUCUUGUACGGAGUCUCGAUGAAGACUCCAAUACCUUCAACUUGACCCCAGAUUUAAUGUUGAAGUUGCGCAAAGAUAUCGCCGAGACAAUGUCUUUGGCGAUCGAGUAUCUCCGAGAUAGGUGGGAUGCAUCUAUUGCUGGAGCUUCCGGAUUGCAUCCAUCUGCACGAUCUGGAACGGCUGCCACAUCUGAAGGGACAAGACUUACUUUAACCUGGGAUUCUAUGAAAGAUAACGUUACUGCUGACCCUCUGAUUCUCGCUAGUAUCAGAGCGUUGGCCAUAUGGAUCCGGGAGGAUGAAAAUGAAAAUUUACGAAAAGAAAGUGCUGGUAUGAUGGAUAUGUUCAUUGAAUUAUACAAACUAAGUAACAAAGACGAACCUGGUUUCCGAUAUCCCGUAUUACUGGCGCUUGAGGGUAUAAUGACUACCGAGGAUGGCGUGGAGGCUUUCUUGAACCAAGAUGGAUGGCAAGCCGUCUCUGAGGACCUCGCGAGUAUUGUCAGCAAAAGUACCGAUAUCUCAAGCACCAAUAACCAUUCCAUCAUUAUUUCGGAAGCAGCAAGAGGUCUCCAAAUUGUACGGGUUCUACUCGCAGUUAUCGAUGAAGAGUUCACAUCAUAUAUCAAACAGGAAUGGUUAACUACAGUCUCAACAACAUCUUCCAUGCAGCUUCCGUCCUCCACAUCACCCUCUGUGGUCAUUGAGCUACACAUCGCCAUGCUUCAGUUAUCCACAGCAUUAUUAUCAAAAGCAGGAGAUGGCAUGCAGAAGCGUUUUGCGAAUGAUCAAAAAUCUCUAGCCAGAAUAGUGCAGCAAUUAGAGGUUAUAGUGGGAGAGAUGGAAGAUAAGGGAGAAGCAGCUGAAUUCAAGGAGUUACUGUCGGAUGUGGUGUUGGAUUUGGAAAAUUUGGGAGGGCGUUAAUCAAUUAUCCAAUUGAGACGAGCUUUGGAAAGAGCAUAAUCUACAAAAAUUAUACAAGUCGGUAUCAUAUCAUAUUAUUUUGCAAAUUUU